AUGACUACCCUGCACUAUCUGCCCCCCGUGAAGCCCUCCGCAAUCGCGAUGGGAACCAUCUUCACCCACACGGCCUCCCUCGGCAUCCUGGCCCCCGUGUUCGGUGACACCUAUCACCGUGCCCAGGCCGCCAACUCCAAGGAAGAGUUCAUCAAGUCCAAGGAAGCCGCGGGCGCCGCUGCCGCGUGGGGAAGCUCGCUGGUCGGAAGCGCCGUGCAGACCUACGGUGUCGCGGCCCUGAUCAACGCCACUGGCACGCUCAGCUACAAGGGCGCUGCCUACCUGGGAACUCUGGUGUUCAUGGCCAGCUCUGCCCCGAGCUUCAUCAGCCAGAUCUUCACCGAGAAGAGACCUCUCGAUACCGUCGCGGUCGGUGGAGUCGCUCGGGUGUUUGAGACAGUCGGUCUCAGCUUGUUCCUGACCUGGUGGGGGACUCGCACCCACCCGUUUGACUAG